AUGUGCAGCCGCGAGAAGGACGUACCUGCGCUUGCUAACGACGCGAAGGGUGUGGCAGAUCGCCGUCCGGCCGCGCUUGCGCCGUCGGCGUCCCCAUCUGGCCCCCCACUUACGACGACCAGUGCUAUGGCUAUGGAUUUGAUGGACACAGCUUCGCAAACUUUGAAGACAGCACUGUCUGUUCCGCUCCCCGAUUCUGAAGAUGAGAGCUCCACCGCCCCUCAGCCACGCGGACGAAGUGGGAAACAGAAGAGGAGGGCAACAGCCGCCACGUCCGCUGUUCGCAGCUCACCGAUCGUGAAGAGGGCCAAGCAAGAUUUCACCCCUGACGCUGAUGGUUUUGACCCGGCCCGGCGCACUGCAAGACGCAUGCAGUCAUCGACGACGCUUCCAACUGCCGUCGCCAACUCAUUCGACGCGCUCGCUGACGCACCGGACCAGGGGAACUGCAGAAGAAGUGCGUGCCCCCGUCCACCCACCGAGAAGCCGACAUGUGCACUCUGUGGCGGUGCUCACGUGGCCAGCUAUCGUGGGUGUGAGGUGUGGAAGCGUGCCAUCGCUCGCCAAUGUGGCCAAACACCAGCGCCGCGUCCGAAGAAGCCAGCAACGAGACGGCCCGGCGUCUCUUUCGCGGCGGCAACGUCAGGGGUGCCCUCCGCCGUCCCGGCUGCGUCGGCUGCUCCUGCUCCUGCCGCGUCCGAUGCCGUGCCGAUACCUGAGGCUCCUGCGCCUCCACCACAGCUGCUUGUGGCGGACCCGGGUACUGCCUCUCCCGGGCCGUCGGCCGGACCGCGCCCCGCCAAUCGCUUGCGCGGGGGUCAGCGCCCCGUGGGUACCCAGCUCUCAGCACCGUCAGUCGACCAGCCCCAGGUGGACUCUCCAAGCGAGUCAGCCACGCCUUCCCCUUCCAGCGACGGGGCCGCGCCGGCUGCCUCCACCGCUGACCUGGCCAACCUUGUCGAGCAGCUCACUGCCUUGGUGACCAGUGCUACGAAGUUGAUUGAAGUCCUAUCGCAGCAACUCACCGCUGCAGUGCCGAUGGCCUCUCCGGCCCCGACCGCUGUCAACACUCACCAGCUGCACCACGGGCAGCGUUAG